GCUCGGCCGCCCGGCCCCUCCCCUCCCCCGCGAGCUGCGCACCGCGGCGGGCUGACCCAGCGGCCGGCGCCCUUGUCCGCGCGACCCGGCGGCGGGCUCCAGUCAGCCGGCAGCAUGAGCGGCGGCGGCGACGUGGUGUGCACCGGCUGGCUGAGGAAAUCGCCCCCGGAGAAGAAGUUGAGGCGCUACGCUUGGAAGAAGCGCUGGUUUAUCCUGCGGAGUGGCCGGAUGAGCGGAGACCCAGAUGUUUUGGAAUACUACAAGAAUGAUCAUUCCAAGAAGCCCCUGCGGAUCAUCAACCUGAACUUCUGUGAGCAGGUGGAUGCAGGCCUGACCUUUAACAAAAAGGAGCUGCAGGAUAGUUUUGUGUUUGACAUCAAGACCAGUGAGCGCACCUUUUACCUGGUGGCUGAGACAGAGGAGGACAUGAACAAGUGGGUUCAGAGCAUCUGUCAGAUCUGUGGUUUCAACCAGGCUGAAGAGAGCACAGACUCACUGAGAAACAUCUCUGCAGCCACUCACCAUGGCCCCCGCUCUUCUCCGGCUGAGCUCAGCAGCUCCAAUCAGCACCUUCUCCGAGAACGAAAGUCCUCAGCACCAUCGCACUCCAGCCAGCCAACCUUGUUCACGUUUGAGCCCCCCAUGUCAAACCAUGUGCAGCCCGCCUUGUCCACUAGUGCACCUCAGGAGUAUCUCUACUUGCACCAGUGCAUAAGCCGGAGAGCAGAAAAUGCAAGGAGUGCCAGCUUCUCUCAGGGCACCAGGGCCUCGUUUCUCAUGAGGAGCGACACAGCUGUACAAAAACUUGCCCAGGGCAAUGGACACUGUGUCAACGGGGUCAGUGGUCAAGUCCAUGGCUUCUAUAGCCUUCCCAAGCCAAGCCGGCACAAUGCAGAAUUCAGAGACAGUGCAUACGACCUCCCCCGGAGCCUGGCCUCCCAUGGCCACACAAAGAGCAGCCUCACAGGCUCCGAGACAGAUAACGAGGAUGUAUACACCUUCAAGACGCCCAGCAACACACUGUGCCGGGAGUUUGGAGAACUCCUGGUAGACAAUAUGGAUGUUCCAGGUACCCCACUGUCAGCCUACCAGAUCCCAAGGACAUUCACUCUGGAUAAAAACCACAAUGCCAUGGCAGUGGCCUCCCCUGGGGAUUCAGCCAUAGCUCCUCCACCCCGGCCCCCCAAGCCAAGUCAAGCAGAAACACCUCGAUGGGGCAGCCCUCAGCAGAAACCUCCAAUCAGUGAGAAUAACAGAUCUGUUUCUGUCGCUGCCACCAUCCCCAGGCGCAAUACUCUCCCUGCAAUGGACAACAGCCGACUUCACCGAGGUCAGUCUUCUUCCUGUGAGACCUACGAGUGCCCCCAGGGUGCAUCCCGGUCCACUGCUUCUGUGAGCGAUGGAGUCAGUUCUUUCCUGCCAGGGAAAACGGUCAUGGGCCGAUCAGAUAGCACCAGUUCUGAAGACAACUACGUGCCCAUGAACCCAGGUUCCUCCACCCUCCUGGCCAUGGAGAGAACAGGUGAUAAUUCCCAGAGUGUCUACAUCCCCAUGAGCCCAGGGCCCCAUCACUUUGACCCACUUGUCUACCCAUCCACAACCCUUCCUAUGCACCGAGGCCCCAGCCGAGGAAGUGAGAUCCAGCCACCCCCUGUCAAUCGCAACCUCAAACCUGAUCGGAAAGCAAAGCCAACACCACUUGACCUGAGAAACAACACCGUCAUUGAUGAGCUCCCCUUCAAAUCACCCAUCACCAAGUCUUGGUCUAGGGCCAACCACAGCUUCAACCCCAGCUCUUCCCAGUACUGCCGCCCUAUCUCCACGCAGAGCAUCACCAGCACGGACUCGGGAGACAGCGAGGAGAACUAUGUCCCUAUGCAAAACCCAGUGUCUGCAUCUCCCGUUCCCAGUGGCACCAACAGUCCAGCCCCUAAGAAGAGCACGGGCAGUGUCGAUUAUCUGGCCCUGGACUUCCAGCCAAGCUCCCCAAGCCCCCACCGCAAGCCAUCCACUUCAUCUGUCACUUCUGAUGAGAAGGUGGACUAUGUUCAGGUGGACAAAGAGAAGACCCAGGCUCUGCAGAACACCAUGCAGGAGUGGACAGAUGUUCGGCAGUCCUCGGAGCCUUCCAAGGGCACCAAGCUGUGACCGGAGGAGGGGACGCCAAGCCUAGGGAGGGGCCAGGAGGCAGUGUCUCCAGAGCUCCACUCUCCACCUUCCCUCCCCUCCCCAACACCUUUCCUUUCUGCCACUCUCAGCCUUCAAAGCACUUGACAUCAGGGACCCUGAACCCUUCCCCAGGGAGGUUAGGGCCUGAUCAAGGCACUUCCUCUGCCCACUCGGGGCCCACUUGUGAUUUUUAUCAGUAAUGGCCAUGCCUCCACUCACCUUAGUUAGGAGCUAUUGCCAAAAACAUCCUUCAGCCUCUUCCUGGCCUUUAGACCUAUCUACCAGACGUUUGGAGAGAGGGAUUGGGGCUCUGAGCCAGAUACCACACCUCACAUUCAGUCACAGUCCUCAGCCCUCUUCCCUCCAGCCACUGGGCUACCUCUCCUUCAGUCCCAGGAGAAGACAAAUCGUCUCACUAACCCAGGGAGCCGAGGACCAGCAGACCAAAGUGGAGAUGGACUUUUUCAUCCCUGUUUUUCUUGGCAGAGGGGGGUGAGGCCACCAAAAGAUGAAUAGUUGAGAAGAAAGGCCAGAGGUGGUCCUGAGGGGCAAAGGGAUUAGAUCUCCAGACACAGAAAGACAGCUGAUACCUGGAGGGGUCCCCCACUUUCAGGCUGAGGCCGUGGCAGGGCAGCAGCUGUGGUUGGGCAGGCAAAAGUAUGAAAGACAAAAGGAAGGGAGAAGUGAUGAUGGGCAGCCAAGGAGCAUCAGGGCUUGCAGCUCAGGAGAUGGAGGUGACAAGGACAGUGUGUGGUCAGGGUCUCCCAAACUCAGGAGCUGCAGGCCUACUCUGUCACUCUCUGAUGAUGCCACUCUGAGCCAGGGAGCAGUCUUCUCCCCCAACUCCCCUUGGUAGAGGAGAGCUCUACACAGGAAAAGGCUUGGACCAGACCCGGUGACACGACGUGUGGUGGGGGAAUGCCAGCAUAGUGGGGACUUGGGGGAGGAAGGAGGAGUUUGGUGUGGACACAGGUGAUGCAGGGACUGAGGGGGAACCCUGGUACAGGAAAGGCCAGGCAGGGGCACAGGGAAGUCUAUGGAGCUCUGCAGUGAGGGUGGUGCAGCUACAGCCAGUGAGUUUCUGGGAGGUAGGCAGUGCAGCAGAGGGAGGACACAGAGGUGGCCUGAUGGGACAUGAGGUUAGGGUCAUGCAGCAAGCAGGGAAAUACAUCCAGAGGGCCUGGUGAAGUCCCCCAGGCAGUGCACAGAGGGGUAGGGUGGAGCAGAAAGUGAGGAGCAGCAUGCAUAGCAGGGUGAUGGGAGACUAGUCCCAGGAUGGAGGGACAGCGGGGCAGGCAGGACGGACAGGGGCGAGCAGGGCAGAACCGCACCCAGAGGACUAUACAGGUACAGCUGGUGGCCUGUGCUGGCGCUGGGGUGUGCCAGGUCCCAAGACAGGAACAUGUGUGGCUUAGUACCAGGCCUGGAGCAUUUCCUUUGCCCAUCUCCCUGCUGUUGCCCCCAGCAUUGCAGGUGCCACACUGGGUGGGAGAAGCCAACCUUCUCCCACAGCUUGUGAGGUCUCUAGAUAAUAGGCCAUCACCUGAGGCUUUUUCUCAUAUGGCUAGGGAAGGGGUAUCUGAAGUUUUAUGUUGAAAGUUCUUGACCAAAUUUCAAGAGUUUGAGAGGCAAUAGGACAGACCAGACAUUUCAUCUUACCCUAGGGAAGUGGUUCGCAACCUUUCUAAUGCCACAGCCCUUUAAUACAGUUCCUGUGGGUCGUGACUCACAGGUUGAGAACCACUGCCCUAAGGUGAAGAGACCUCCUUCCUCCAUGAUAAUAAUGACUUCCCACCAUGUCUGAUGGGGGUGGCUACUCCCUUUCAACUCCUCUGAGUAUAUACACAUUUGGUGAGACCCAUGCCUGACCCUUUUCUAAGGAGACAUCUGGGAGAAGUACUUCCUGUACAGUAGUUCCCCUCCUAGCUUUAGUUCCAAUCAACUCAAGCAGCAUUUAUUAAUGGCUGCUGUGGCCAGACCCUGGGCUUACGCACCAAAGAUACAACUUUGACCUUGAACUUGAGAUGGUCACUGUCCUUGAGUUUUUCUGUCCUUUUCUGUCCAAAACUGUCCUUUUUGGACACAAGAAAAUAGUGAUAGCCAUAAGAGAAAGAGACUUAAGAUGGUGAUGGAGUAUGAAGUAAAGACUACUACUACUCAGGAAGGUUGGUGCCAGAGGCAGGAGUGAGGUAGGGAUCGGGGAAUGUGGAUUCUAGGAAAAGGGGGCACCUGAGAUCACUUAAAGUUGCAUAGGUCAGAAUUUUAGAUGGAAGGAAGGAAAGGCCUGGGUCCAGUGAUGGAAGAAAGAACGAGAGUCUUGGAAAGCCUUGUUUGGGGAACAAAUGAUUUUGGAGGAAUGAGUCCACACCAAAGUGCUGGGGCCAUGUAUCUGUGUUCCAGCAGGUGAAAUGGUAGUGGUGACUGUGGCAACAUGGGGCAGGGUUCGCAGGGCAUUGGUUCACUCUGCCCAGCCCUGACAGUGUCCCUUUAAUGUCUUCCACAAGAGGUCCAAGAUGGAAGAGCUUUUAAUUGGUGCCUCCCCUGUGCCCACAGCAGGCUACAAGUGGGCCUAGGCAUAGUUGCCCUCAGUUUAUAGCCCCAAUAGUCUACCAUAAGAAUGUUAACAAGCUCUGGGGCAGCGCCUGUGGCUCAGUGAGUAGGGCGCCGGCCCCAUAUGCCGAGGGUGGCGGGUUCAAACCCAGCCCCAGCCAAACGGCAACGAGCCCUGAGCACACCAUGAUGUGAAUGAAAUUGGUUGGAGUCUUCAGAGAUGGAGGUGCUCUAAUGUAAUCUUCAAAGAAGUGUGUUCCAGCUCUUGGUUCCUGUAACUACCAAAACCCUUAGAGUAGAAGUGUAAGGGUAGAGAUGGAAGGAAGGACAAGAAAAGAAGAAAUUGUCCUUUUGAAAGCAGAGUUCUGGCUUAGCUCCAGAUUGUCAGCCAUGUCUCUACCAUGUAUCCACCCCCCCAAAAAGAAAAGUCAACUCAGUUAAAAAACUGGUAAUCCAUGGGUCAAAGUCCAUGGUGGCCUAGCAAGGACUGAGACCCCAGAAUGGGGAUGCCUUCUUACCCAGCAUAGCUCACACAAGGACUCGUCCUGCCUGGGGUUCUCCAGAGGAGCCUCCUCACCCACUCCCAGCUCCGCCUUUGCAAGGUUAAAGUUGAGUGGAAAAAACAAGAAAAGAGGGAGAUGGUGUCUCCCUAAGUCCUUGACUUGCUCAUCUGUGAAACAGAUGGUUGGAGUAGAUGGUCUGUGGUCCUUUCAUAGCUGAUGCAAGGGGAACUCCUUGCUAUACCUUCUCUCUUGAGGGUCUGAAUCAUGAUAGGCAGCAUAAAUCUGCAGUUCCCUCCCUAGCUUGAUUUUGGUAACUAAACACAUUUAAAGCCAUUAAAAUGUGCCCCAUUCCUAGGACAAAAGCACAACCAUUCUGAAGCUUUGGACUAUGACCUCAACUUGUCUGCCCUUUGGCCCCUUUACCUGCUACAGAGCUAGUCUCAGCCUUCACCCUCCAAUGACAGCUCUGGAAGGGUGCAGGAUAAGAGGGAAAUUAGCGGCCCUUCAUCUGUAAAAUGUGGGGAAAGCAAGGCUGAGCUCCAGAGGCCUUUGAGGAGAGGGCUAUCUUUCUGGGACUUGCCAAGUUCUCUGGCGCCCGGGAUCAUGGUGGGCUGCUUACUGGGGAGGUCCACUGGAGAUAUCUGGUGGUGUGUGUCCUUGUGUAUUGUUGGCUACUUGUGUCUUGAAAUUUAGAAUCAUUUCGUACAGAAUUGUUGCUAGUUGUCAGGAGGAGAAAAUGGGCUAGAAAAAGCCCAGUCUUAAGUUGUCUUGUUAUCAUUCAUAAUUGACAUUUAAUUUUUCAAAUCACUUUUGGUGCCUAAUCACUUAAGUUAUUAAUUUAUUCUGUUCUUUUAAAAAAAAUUGUAACAUAUUUAUCCUGUUGGUAGGUCUGGGGGUGGGGGUGGGUCAUGUUUUUGCUGUGGUGACACAUGGUACAGGCCUGGAGCUUGCAGGUCCCUUUUUACUGUGGUAUUGGAGUAGGACAACAGUAAAGUCCAUUAGAAAUGCUCCUGGAGCUGCCUGCUGGAGUCCAUCUCGUCUGAGGGGGCUGGGCGGUGGGGCAAGCUGAAGACCAGCAGCUGCCAGGUGUAGGCUUGGACGCAUGUUCUCUACAAGAAAAUCAUUUUUCAAAUGAUCCCAGGAAAGCUGAUGUGAUUUCUUCGCUGUAAACAAGAAUGAACACUCUUUACUUCAAAUUCUGUACUAGCAUCUGC